AUGAUUAAACCACUUCUAGGAAUACAAGAAAUCCAUCCAACAAAAGUAAAACAGCAGCAGCAAGAAAAAACUAUCAAGAUAGAGGCGAAAAGUGAGGGACGAAAUGGGGGAGCUGAGGCUUUGCUGCGGCGGCACGGCAUUACUUUGCUUCCUACUGACGAUGGCAGCACAGUACUGAGUGCGCUGCAGAGUGGACGCACCGUCGUGCUAUCUGAUGCGGGGAAACUGAUGUUAAAAGAGAGCGGCGCUUUAAACACCUCAGUCAAUUUAACUCCGAAAAGAAGCACAAGUGGAGCAAACGUUGUAACAAGUAUAGGAAUUGUUAGUAGUGCGGGUGGCGUUAGUAAUACUGGGGUCUGUAGCUCAGUGGGUGCUGGCUCCACGGGGGGCAUUAAUGUGAGUGCGGGCGUGGGGGGUGCGACGUCAUUGGGGGGUGCGGUGUCAGUGGGGGGUGUGGCGGCAGCUGGGGGUUCGGGGGGUGUGGUUUUGACUGCGAAGGCGGUUAAGUCUCCACCGCGAGCCGGCCUCAAGGUGUUCACGCUGAACGGCCUCACCAGCCUCGCCAACUUGCCAACCACACCGAUCCGGAGAGUCAUCAACCCGCAGGAUUUGCAGCAAGUGAAGAUCGUGAAACUACCACCCGACGCCACAAUUAUAUCUCCCUCCAAAGUGUUGCCUUUGAAGGCGAAAAAGAAAAUUUCCCAACGGACCCCCGUCAAGAUCGUUAUGAACAAGAGUAACUUUGAGAAGCUUAUUGCUACUGCGAAUAAGACAACAGUGACGAGUGCAGCGAGUGAAGUUAGUGGUUCAGGGUUUGUCGGGCAAGGUGUGGUGAGUGGGGGGCUCGCGGAUGUUGUGAUAGAUGAGAGUGCGGGCAAUGAGGUGUCUGGGGAGACGGGCGAGGCGGGCGAGGCGGGCGAGGUGGGAGAGGCGGGUGUGGAGGGGGGCGCGUGGUGCGCGCGCUGCGCGGCGUGCGCGUGCGGCGGCGCGGCGCGGCUGGCGGCGGCCGAGCGCGCGCUGCGCCGCCUGGCCGCCGACCUGCACGCCGCACGCGCCGCGCAAGCUCACGCGCAAUGA